UAGAGCAGCAUAGCAAUGUGCACCAAACAACAAAGUUCAAAGUAUAGAGAGUUAGCUUUAGUGACUGAACUUCGACCAGAGAGAAAACAGAUGGAGAAGAAGGUGAUGAUAUUAAUGGGUAUGUGGGCAAUGCUUUUGGUGUUGCUUAUGAUGAGCAAUGCGAUGAGUGUGCAUGGAAUUUCAUGCACGGAAGCAGUAGCAGCAAUGAACCCGUGCCUUCCAUUCCUGAUCGGGGCUCAAGCAUCGCCCGUUGCUCCUUGCUGUUUGGCGGUGCAAAACGUGAACCAGGAGGCUUCAACCAAAGAGAUCCGAAGGGAGCUUUGCGAUUGUUUCAAGAAGGCUGGUCCUGCUUUAGGUGUUAAGCCUGACAAAGCUAAGCAGCUUCCUGACUUGUGCCAUGUCCAAGUUCCUGUGCCUAUUGACCCGACUAUUGACUGCAGCAAGGUGACAGAAGAUAUUGCCUGGUGAUUCUGCAUUUGGUAGCUAUAUUAUAAAUUUUAAGGGGGAAGCAUAUUAAUUUAGCUCUAUUGUGAUCCAAAAUGCUGCAGAGAGCCUUCUUUCAUAUAUUUAUGCAUGUAUGUUUAAGGGUUCGAAUCAAAUCAUAUGUGUGUUUCUAUUCAGCAUUUCCAAUAAUUCUAAUAUAAUCCAUCUUUUGCUCA